GCUACAAUUAUACCGACCGACGCUCCACGAAAGGUGGCAUCGCCGGUAAAUAGUUUGUGUCCAGCGAGCAAUUUGCUUUUUUGCAAACGCCGACUUUCUGGCGUCGCAAAGCCCGCUUUUCGGGAAAUCGGACAACUGAAACUCUGUUUUCAAGCACUUCCAGAUUGCGCUGGACCAAUUGACAAAUAAUUUGUUGGUCAAAAGAGUGUGGAUAACCAGUGGUUACAGCCGGUUGGCCACCGGGCUGUGGAUUCACCGCGUCUUUUGUGCCGGAAAAGCGCAAGGCUCAUAAAGAUCGUUUUCAACAUGGAGGAGGAGGAGGAGGAGGUCAUUAACGUGGACGAUCCGCUGAUCAUCAAUGCCAACAAAAAGAGACGCACGGAUUGUGGCCACUCAGUGUCGUCCAAUUCCUUCCAAGGGAGUACUGCCGCUGGCCAAGCCCACAUCCUGCAGAGCUUCGAGACGGAGAGGAUGCUCAUUGCCCUGGUGCGCCGCCAGCCAGCUUUGUACGAUGCCCGGCAUCCCAGAUUCCAGGACAAUGACCAUCGGGAGCGAAUUUGGCUGCGGAUCGCGCGCCAUUUGUCCACCGAUCUGACCAACUGCCUGGUGGCCUGGGCGGAGCUGCGCUCUCGCUACCAGCACCAUGUGCGCCAUCUGCGCGCCUUUCAGCGCAGUGCGGCUUCGGGCCGCCCAGGGAGCACACUACGCCGGCGACCUUGCAUGCGGCACGAGGAGGAGCUGCACUUUCUCUACGCGCACGUCUCCAGAUUCCCACGGAUGGGGGAUCAGCAGCCGCCGGGGGCAGAGGCUGCGGCGGCUGCCGUUGAAAUAGCGUCGACGGCAAGUGUGGAUACCAUUCCGGAGGUGGAGUUCGUGGAACCGCCGCCCGUGGACAUCAUCGAUGUGGAUCUCGUGGAGGAGUCGGUCUACAGCUAUCGCUGCACCAAUGACCAGCGUCGCCUCAUCGAGGCCGUGCGCGCCUAUCCCCAGCUGUACGAUCCCCAGGCGCCGGGCUAUGAGAACACACGACAUCGUGGCCUCAUCUGGGGCGCCAUUUCCAACGAGCUGCAUGACAAGGCCACCAAGCUGAUGAAGAGUUGGCUAAAGCUGCAGACGCGCUACGAAUGGGAGUUGGUCCAUCGGCCACUGUCUCAGAGCAGCAGUAGCAGCAGCAGUAGCAGCAGCAGCAACAGUUCGGAACUGUGCCAACUGAUGGACUUCCUGCGGCAGCAUGUCCUGCGCCAGCGCAACACUGUGAGCAAAGCCUCCAAAUACCUGCAGACCGGUUGGCAUGAGCCCAUCGAGCACUUCCGCAGCGUGAUGUCGCUGAUCAAUACGAUGCGCAAUAUGCCCGAGCUUGUCCAGCUGACGGACGAGUGCCUGGCGUUCAAGGUGAAGCCGCCGCGCUACGAUGAGUUCUGGACAAAGGUCGGCUUCGAGGUGAUGUGCAGCCACGAACGCUGCGAGGUCACCUGGCUGGUGUUGCGCUCCUUCCACAACGAACUGCAGGCCAUGCGACUGGCCGGCUAUCAGCUGCAGGACAAGUGGUACUUCGAGAACGCCCUCAGUAGCAUCUUUAAGCAGGUGGCCACGCGUACCGCUCGUCGCGGCUACAAGCGCCCCCACAAUGGUGCCGUUCUGCCGUCUGUCUUGCCGCCCGUUGAACCCGCCCCCCCUGUCGCCCGCCUGCCACUGGCCAUUGUCUACCCGCCUGCCUCCAAAGUAAUCACUAGCACUAGCAAUAGCACUAGCUCCAGUACUAGCAUCAGUACUAGCUCCAGUUCCAUCAUCUCGAAUGCCAGGAAUAGUUGUGGUCCUGGCCCAACAGUCACCAUGGCGAGCAGUUCAGCCGAGUCAUCGGUUCCCUCGUUUGUCAUACCCAAAAUCACAUCCGCCAUAAGUGUGGCAGCCGCCAACAUGAUGCCCAUGAAGGCACCGCCGCCCAGCAUAGUUCCCAUGAAACUGCCGCCCAAUGUACGGAUUGCACCCAAGGCACCCAUGGGUUUGGGCCCCAUCCCUGCCAGCAUUCAGUUGGCCGGCACGAACGCCAGUCCGGGUGGUACAGUGCGUGCCCUGCCCUCACGGCCCGGCGUGCAGGUGACGCUGAAGACCCGCCAGCGUGUGCCCAAUCCCACGCAGAUGACGUCCUCGUCCACCAUCAUUCGAGCGGUGAAAAUUGCCAAUCCGAUGCAAGCGCCAGCACAGUCAGCGCCACAGAAACAGACACAGCCACAGCCAGCGCCACAGCCAGCGGCCAGCGGAGUGCAAAUGCAGCGAUUUAGUCAACCGACGUCGCUAAAUGCCUUGCUCAGUGAUCCGCCGGUUUCAGUAGUUCCAGUACCGGUGCCGGUGCCGUCGACUCCGCUGCCCAUAUUGAAACCGGCGGCCACUUUGGUACGCAAAAUGCCGGCGAACAGCAGCAUAGUAACGGCUCCGGCGGGCACGCCAAUGGUGAGGAUCCAUCAGCCAGGUCUGCACAGCGGAUGGGAUGCGUUGCCCAAUGGCUCAUCGACCAGCAAAUCCAUGGGUUCAGUAACAACAACAGCAACCAUUACUGCUGCAACAAGAGAAGAAGCCACAAGCGGCAAAGCCACAGUUGCGACAAUUCUACAAAAAUAUCGACCAAUUGCACCAGCACCGCCGGGCACAAUCCGGAUAAGUAAAGCUGCUGUAGAACCUAGAGUCACUUUCUCAGCUCCUCUGGCACCGGUGGGCAUGCCAAAGGUAACGGCAAUGGCAGGCACAACAGCAGCAAAGUUGGCCACAAUAACAACGGCAGCAACAACCAAAGUUACAACUGCAUCGACUGCGUCUGCAAGAGAGGCUAAAGCCACAGAAACAGAAGUUAUAGCCAUACCAGAAACGCCAGCAACAGUAGCCCCUUCAGCAACAGCAACCAUUCCCGCAGCAGCAACAAUAGGAGUAGCAACAACAACAGCAACAGCAGCAACAUCAGUUGCAUUUACAAAUGCAAAGACUGCAGCAGUGGUCAAGACGACAGCAGCAGCAUCAGUUGCACCGCAACCCGAUAAAGAAACAACGGCGGAGAUCAACGCCAGCGAAAUAAUAGUGCAUCUGGAGCAGAGUGCGGUCACUGGGAAUCUGCUGCAUAUUUGGGGCGGCAACCUGGCCACACGCUACAAUCUCAAUAUGGUGAGGACGGCGACGCUGAUCCGCGAGGUGAUGGCUGUGCCCCAGCUGCACAAGAAGGAUGCGCGCUUGGCCGAGAAGUGUGACGAGGUCUGGAAGGUCAUCAGCAAGAAGUUCCACAUGCCAGAGGAAGCUUUGCGGGCGUGCUGGAGCUUUCUGGCGGACAACAUCAGCAUGUUCCCGCUGAUCGCGCCCAUGUCGGAACUGAUGCGUCCGUUCAAGAGCAGCGUGAAGGUGUGGGAGAAGUCGCACCGCUUGUUCAGCAAAUUCGACGAAAUUGCGCGCAAGUACCUGUGGAUGGAGCACAAGGACGUGCUGCCGGAUGUGAUCCGGCAUUUCCGGAAGCACGAGCACCUCUACUGCGACCUGAUCAAACCGCGUCCCGGCGAAAAGGUGACGCCACCGCGACAGUACACGGAUCAGGAGCGCCAGGAGGUGUGGCGCGUGGCCCGCAUAAAGUUUCCCAAUCUCAAUCAUCGGGACAUUUGGUCCAUGUUCAAGUUCGCCUUCCGCACGUACAUGGCGGAUCUGGAGCGGGGCAUCGAAAAUCCAUGGCCACAGAACUGGUGGCAGGCACUGGAGCAGCUGAGGUUCCUGGCCUACGUGCGCUACCAUCCGCUCGAGCCGUACUACUACAUUGUGCACAACAAGAUCUCCGAGGAGGUGAAGCGCUGCAGCAUGUACGAAGCUCUGAUGGCCGCCGAUCCUGCCGACAAGAGCAAGCCCACGCCCAGCAGCCUUCUGGCGCGCCUCUCCAAGGAGUCGAUGCCCUGGGAGACGGAGGAGGCCAAGCGGCUGCUCACCGGCCAGUUGAGUCGUCCGGGCAGAUCGGAGGCCGCCUUCCAGUUGAGCACCAAUGCCCUGGCACCAGUAGCCCAACCUCACACAGAUCCUGUGCCCUCACCCAAAGCACCAAUGGUAGAAUCUACCGCUUCCACUAAACAGACAACAAACGAUACAGGAAAGUGCGGCAAUGGUGUGGCGGCGACCGCCCCAGCAACUGAGAACACCCGCUUCGGCACCAUUCUGCCCACCAUCGAGGCCUUCCAGCUGACCCAGGUGCUGCGCCGCCAUCCGCACACCUUCGAGCGGGCCAGCACCAUCGACAAGCGAGCCGCCUGGGUGCGCGUCUCAAAGGAGAUGAAUGCCACAGUGACUGAAUGCCGGUUGUGUCUGCAGUAUGCUCUGCGCGAGAUGCGCGUCCUCAAAAUCACGGACCCAACGCAUCGCUGCACCAUGGGGCACAAGUACUACCGCCACAUGACCGAGAUCUACAAGCAGGUGACGCCGAGGGGCCAGCUGAAGGUCCGCACGCCGCAGCAGUUGAAUCAGUCGCUGGCGGAGCCCAUUUUGGAAGUUGUGCCGCAGCGAUUCGUGCCGGAGAUCAAUACGGCCACCUGCAGCCCCGAACUUGUGGUUAAGAACUGGGCCCAUGCCGUCGGCAACUUGUCCCACGCUGGCCAGGAUGCCCUGACCGCCAAGCUGACGCAGCUGUUCGCCAAGUACGCCAAGGAGCCGACUUAAUUCGUUUGAGCCCCCGCCACCGACACCGUGCGCCCUGAAUUCGCUAUGCGCUCUAUUAUGCCUCCCGAAUGCAUGUUAUUUAUUAUGAAUUGCAUUAAUUGCAAUAAACCCGUUUUUUUUCACAAAGCUCACAUUAUGUUACGAUGGGUAAACACCCAAAUAAACCUCAAAAGAACUAUA